UCAUGCCCACUCUACUCUCCACUGCACUGGGUUCAGAGGUUCUGUGACUGUGAGGGCUCAGGGCGAGGUGGACUCACACGGCGACCUCGACGAACGAGAGCUUCUCUGAGCUCGGAUGAGUCCUCCUCCCGAUCCGUCAAGGAAUGUGUGUGCUCGACGUCCCCUUCUCCGGCGCCUGUUGAAGGUCCUUGAUUUCUCCGAUCACUGGUUUUAUCCCGUGACGACGUUGCUUUAAGUCUCGUUAAGAGUUUGGACUAAGUCGUCGCCUUGCCGUCGUAAUGCUUCCCUUGCCUAGUAGUUACUGUUAGGCGUCGGGGCUGCGAUCUCGUUGUUUCGGCAGUUUGAGGAACUUUGAAACCCUAGUUUGCUUCGUGAUUGUUGUGCUUGGAGCCCCAAAUCGUGGCAUUCUUCUGCGGUCCAUGAAAUCGCAGUUGAGUUAUUGAUUUAAGGCAGUAAGUAAAAACUGAAACUUAAUUUCGACCAUGAGUACUUGCGAACAAGAACCGGAAGGGGUAGAGAAGAGAUGCUUGAAUUCAGAACUCUGGCAUGCCUGCGCCGGACCACUUGUGUGUUUGCCGACAGCCGGUACUAGGGUUGUCUACUUUCCUCAGGGCCAUAGCGAGCAGGUUGUUGCUUCUACAAACAAGGAAGUGGAGGGACAUAUUCCUAACUAUCCGAGCUUACCUCCUCAGUUGUUUUGCCAACUUCACAAAGUAACAAUGCAUGCAGAUGCUGAAACCGAUGAAGUUUAUGCACAGAUGACUUUGCAACCUUUAAACCUGCAAGAACAGAAAGAUGCCUAUUUUCCAAUCGAAAUGGAUGUACUGAGUAAGCAGCCAACAAAUUAUUUCUGCAAGACUUUAACUGCAAGUGAUACUAGCACUCAUGGAGGAUUUUCUGUGCCUCGUCGAGCAGCUGAGAAAGUAUUUCCUCCACUGGAUUUCUCGCAGCAGCCACCAGCUCAGGAACUUGUUGCUUGUGACCUUCAUGAUGUUGAGUGGAAGUUCAGGCAUAUCUAUCGUGGUCAGCCAAAAAGACAUUUGCUUACCACGGGUUGGAGUAUAUUUGUUAGUGCUAAGAGACUAGUUGCUGGCGAUUCUGUUCUUUUUAUCUGGAAUGAGAAGAAUCAGCUAUUGUUGGGAAUCAGGCGCUUAAAUCGACCACAAACUGUGAUGCCUUCAUCAUUCUUAUCAAGUGACAGCAUGCACAUAGGGCUUCUCGCUGCUGCAGCUCACGCUGCAGCGACGAACAGUCGCUUUACUGUAUUUUAUAAUCCAAGGGCUAGUCCAUCUGAGUUUGUGAUACCGCUUUCGAAGUAUGUCAAGGCUGUUUACCACACUCGUGUUUCUGUUGGUAUGCGAUUCCGUAUGCUUUUUGAGACUGAAGAAUGUAGUGUUCGCAGGUACAUGGGAACAAUUACUGGCAUAAGCGAUUUGGAUCCCGUGCGGUGGCCAAAUUCUCAUUGGAGGUCAGUGAAGGUUGGAUGGGAUGAAUCUACAGCCGGUGAGAGGCACCCAAGGGUAUCGUUGUGGGAAAUUGAACCUUUGACAACCUUCCCCAUGUAUCCAUCUCUGUUUCCUCUCAGGUUUAAGCGUCCCUUGAAUCAUGGAGUUCCCUUUCUUAACGAUACCAAAGAGGAUGAGCUAAAUGCUCUUAGGUGGGCACUGAUUGGAGCUGGCAAUCAAGGCUUUCCGUCCUCCAGCCCCCAAUCACUUGGUGUGGGCCCAUGGAUGCAACAAAGGAAUGACUCUUUGUUACUAGGGAGCGACAUCAAUCAGUACCAAGCUAUGACUGCUACUGCUUUGGAGAGCAUACAAGGGGCUGAUGUUCUGAAGCAACAAUUGAUAGAAAAUCAACAACCAUUUCAGUUUAUUCAACAACCCUCAUCUAGCCAUUUGCUACCAAUUCAAGAUUUUCAGCUGGCUCUGCAACAGCAUAUCUUCAGCUCACACACACAACGCUUAUUGGAGAACCAACCAAAUUCUGCUCCAUGCCAGCAUGCCCAGAGAUUACCUAAUGAACAGCCAAAACCUCAGGCUCAACAAGCACAUGCCUGUGCAGAAACAUUUCAAAUGUCUACGAAUCCUGUGCAGCAACAGUCAAGUUUACCAUCUCAAAUUUAUGAAAGAUCAGCAUUUCCUGAUUCAAACUUAGUUUUAUCAUCCAAUUCUCCAUCAAGUUCAGUCCAUGGUAUCCUAGGAUCUUACCCUGAAGCAAAAUCCAAUAUGUGGAACUCUUCCCAACUUGGUCAUUCCAUUAGUCAGCAGCCAUUGGGAUCAAAAGGAACUAUGCCUGGGGUGACUCCUUUUGAUACUGGAUUCCUGCUUCCUUCAUUUGUAGAAAAAGGUGAUCCCAAUUGUAUUCAGGGUUCCCCUACUCCCCAGAUCCAUCCCCUGUUUGGGGUUAGCAAGGAUCCUUCCUCUCUUCUCUCCAUUGCAGCUCCUAACUUAACUAUGAAUGCAACUGUUAGUGAUUCAUCUAACACUGCAUACGUUGCUUCAAGUGUUCAAAACUCUCUUUAUGGGUAUUUGGAUAAAUCUUCCAAAUUACAUCAAAAUUCAGGAGAGAUUGGUCCACAGUCCCAAACAUUUGUUAAGGUCUGCAAGUCAGGCUCAGUUGGGAGAUCAUUGGACAUCUCCCGGUUCAGUAACUAUGAUGAACUGCGUAUGGAACUCGGUCAUAUGUUUGGUAUUGAGGGUUUAUUUGAAAAUCCUCAUAGAUCAGGCUGGCAGCUUGUAUUUGUUGACAGGGAGAAUGAUGUGCUUCUCCUUGGAGACGACCCCUGGGAAUCAUUUGUGAAUAAUGUCUGGUGUAUCAAAAUACUUUCUCCAGACGAUGUGCAACAGAUGGGAAAACAAGAGUCUGAGUCCACAUGAUAUUCCUCUUGAAGUACUAGGUUUUUGGUAUGCGCAUUCCAAGGGGCACACGAGCAGAUUAGAACGUCACAAAAUAUUCCCAGGAAAAUUCUCUCCCUCUUACGGAGUUGUAGUUUCCUAAUUGUAAUCUUCUCAUAAUUUAGAUAAUAUAAUUAUGAUCUGAAGUUUGAGGUUUGCACUCAGUAGUGUUGCCGCUAGCAUGCAACACCUUGAACAAUGGAUAAAAUUGUGGGACGAGUUGUAAUAUUCUACUGCUUGCAGACUAAGAUGCUAUUAGUAAUUUAUCGUA